AUGCUUGUUUCCCCCGCUGCCCUUCUACAUCAAGCAAUACCUGUCAGAGCCAAGUGCGGCAAACCCGCCGGCGUCUCCCCGGAGUCCGAACUCGCCGCUGCAGAUGCUGUUUCGCUAAGGAUCGGUGAUUGGUACCCUAUAUUCAAUCCCAAAGACACCAUGUACAGGUUUGAUGAGACCCUUCUGCGGAUGAGGUAUUCCUUGCUGGAAUUGCCUGACCUUGGAGCCACUUCGAGCUUGGAAGAGAAAUACUUUGAGCCUGUCGCGCGGCUGGUUCAUUGUAUCUUGUUGUCUCCCGACAUGGAACACGGGCCUCUUCAAGCUUCCUGGGCUAAUGGACCUGAAGGCUUGUGGCGUAGCGCUAGGAUAGGAUUCCAUGUCGCUGAUCCGGACUCCGAUAUGAGGGCCUACAGGCGAAAUGAUCACGGUCUUUCCCAGGAGCCAGGCUCAAUCGAAGCUGGGCCAUUGCCUUCCAGGGUGCCAGCAGGUACCAAGAUGAACAGCCUCGUGAUGGAUGCUAUUGCCCAAUGCAGGCAAACUCAUGCUGUGGUUGGCAUAAUUACCGACGAAAUACAAACACUCAUACUGCGUCCUGGUUAUCCCGGCGAUACCAUUCUUGCAAUGCAAGUCCAUCCGACUGCGGAGGUCUCCAUACGGCGACUCAUUGCAUUUUUCAUUUACGCUGAGACCUUCCAAGCAAGACUGUGCACUUUGGAUGGUUAUGCGCCUUCGCUUCUUUGGUUAGGCGCACAGCCUGCACGGGUCCCCAAGCCACUACCGCAGCUCCUGCUUCGGAGGUCGCACGAAGAGUUCGAUGUGUACAGAAUGCAACGAAGCAGGUCAGCUUGGGGUGAAUACGUGAUAUGGUCAGAGAUAUAUACUCAAGAAGCGGAGUUGUCGGGCAACGCUCCAUGGAAAUUCGUUCCAGGGACCCGUCUUCCCUGCACACAGCUACGAAUCUUUGGUGAAGGAGGAAUAAACAAAUGGAAGCCCGAGGGUCGCCCGUUUGUCCCUGUCCCUCCUGACACGGAGGCCCUCGUGAUGCGCCACUUUCGGCCUCGGGAUAAUGACCUGCAUGGCUUUCUUACCUUAGGACCAACGCAAGAUACGAGCCAACUCCAUCACUGGUUUGAAAUCACCGGAACGGGGUCCGUCGGCCCUGAAAAGUACUCUCAGACAUUCUGGGGGCGGUUCAACGGAGUGGGACCCCUCUUAUUCCUAAAACUCUUCGACGAACGCUUCUUCCCUCUGCCAGCGGACGGCUGGGAUCCUGCAGACCCUCCACAUGAGAGGUUCCUCGACUUUAACCUGGCAAUCGACAUGAUCCGCCGAGAAGAAGCUGCCUACAAGCGCGUCGAGUACCUUCAAGGCAGUCUUCUCCCGCAUUGCUACGGUUUUCACAAGGCAUGUGGGUGGCCGGUGUACGGAAUGCUUGUGGAGGCCAUAAGCGGCCCCACACUAGCAACGUACAUGCGCAAUAACAUGAAGCCACAGCAUGAGCAGCUAACCGACUUGAUCACGCGUCUUCGACACGCUUUAAGAGCUCUUAGAUUCGCAGGAAUUCACCAGACGGACUGGCAUCUCGACCAAAUCCUCUGUCCCCCCAAUCCCGACGACCCCGCGCUGGCCCCGGACAUUGUCAUGAUUGAUUUCGCCUUCGCGCUGCAGAGCUGGGGGGACUGGGAGGGGUGUCCUCUUGAAACGAGACCACGAGAACUGGAGCACGCUCUGAUGGCGGUCGGGAUUGACCAAGAGGUAUUGCGUUCCUGUUGGUUCCCUGCGACAGAGGAGGAGCUGUAG